UCACGAAAAACGACCAUGUCGAAACGACCUGCCUCGCCACCGCCAGGCGGCGCGCUUGUAAAGCGCGCGCGGGCGACGCCGCCGCCGCCGGGCACCCAGAUUGCCAUCUCGUCAGCGGGGGACAAGAACAAGGGGCUGAUUCGGAGCGUGCAAAGGACGAGCGGGCUGGAGGCGCCCAUUAUCAGUCUCGCGGGGGCGCAUAGGGGCGAGAUACUGAGCUGCCGGUUUGACCCUACUGGGCAGAAUAUCGCUGCGUGCUCGACGGACCGGGGUGUUUCCCUCUGGAGGACAUACCCCCCGAACAACAACUACGGGCUCCUUUCCUCCCUCGCAAAGGCGCCUAUCCUGGACCUGCAGUGGUCGCUUUGCGCUCCCCACCUAUACACCGUUGCCGCCGACCACACGCUCAUCACGACGGACGUCACCACUGGCAAGCGCGUACGCAAAAUCCGUGCCCACCGCGAGAUAGUCAACUCGGUCGACCGCACGAUGGCCGGGGGAAGUGGAACUGAGCUGGUCGCCACUGGCGGAGACGACGGCGUUGUAAGGGUGUGGGAUGGCGGCGAGGACGGCGGGAAGGACCCUGUAACGGAGUUUGAGGUCGGGUGUCCUGUAACAGCGGUCUGCUGGAGCGCAGACGGUGCGAGUGUCUAUGCUGCCGCGCUCGACAAUGAGAUCCACAUCUACGACCUCCGCAAGUCAGCGCAGAUCUCCACUUUGACGGGCCACACCGACACGCCCACUUCGCUCGCGCUGUCGCCCAACGGGUCUUUCCUCCUCAGCCCCUCGUUCUCCUCCCAGACCAUCAUCCACGAUGUCCGGCCCUUUGCAGCCAACCCCACUCGCAUUCACCGCGUCUUGACUGGCUCCCCUGCUGGCUUUGAGCACACACUCCUCCGUGCGGCCUGGAGCAAAAAUGAUGAUGGGGCCCGUGUCGCGGUCGGCGGGGCGGACCGCAUGGUGCUGCCCGGGCAUAAAGGAACUGUGACUGCGGUGGACUUCCAUCCCAAGGAGCCUAUUAUCUUAACGGGGAGCAAGGACGGCACGAUGUUGCUGGGUGAGCUCGACCCAUCCGCAGGCCUGGGAGUCUCGGUAAGUCACUCUUUGUAUGGUUUUGAUAGCGUAAAAAAUGAGCGAGCCGCUCCUGCACUUGACGAAGAGCACGACUCCCUCGACAUCUGA